AUUUAAAUCAAUUUUUAAAAUAGAUAUUUGAGUAACAGUAAAUUUAUUAUUUAAUUUAAUACAAAUAAAUUCAAGCUCUCCUUUGAAUACAUCCACUAUUUUCUACCUUUCUUUUUGCACUUUUUAACUCAAAUUAAUACCAAUCAGAGCCAUAAAUUAAUGAAGCAAUAUAAAAUUCAAAGUCAAACUGUAACAUGUAACUCAAGGUUAAUCAAUAUUAAAUUUAAAUUUGAGCGGUCAGAGAAACACUAAAGUGUUAAGAGGAUGCAUGCAAUGUAGACAUAAGUAGGAGCAAAAUAAUUCGAACCAUGCAUGUAAGAGGAGACAGAGGGAUUGAUCAACACAGCAGCGAAAUGAGAAGACGAUAUUAGUGAUGGGCCUAACUCACACCCAAAAGCUAGCUCAAGAGUGGAGGUUUACCCAUACACUUAUAUAUUGCCCAAGGACCAUCAUCCCACACGAUGUGGGAUUCUAAUAGCCCCUCUCGAGAUGUGGAUGGGAAACGGUCCAAUCGGAAACAGCCCAAGUCCAACAUCUCGGACAUACCACAGCAAGAUGGGCCAUUUGUACAGGCUACAUAAGUAGGAAACUGUUUAUAUGGGAAAUCAUCUGCUGGGCUUUUACCAUGGGCUCUGAUACCAUAUUAGUGAUGGGCCUAACUCACAUCCAAAAGCUAGCUCAAGAGUGGAGGUUUACCCAUACACUUAUAUAUUGCCCAAGGACCAUCAUCCCACACGAUGUGGGACUCUAAUAGACGAAAGUUGGAAGAUGCAAGAGAGAGUGGAGGAUGGAUCCUUUGUCUUCACUGUCUAUUUGAGUAGGUAUUGUCUUACACUAGGUGACCUCUGCUGGAUCGCAAGAAGUAACAAAUAAGUUGUUCACAAUUGCCGACAUUGAUAUCUUCGGGUAACUUGUGCGUUCCUAAGAAAUGAUAUUCUCAUGCUAGUAAGUAGCAAUGACAAGUUUAAACGCAGCGAUAUAAGUUGGUGAAAGUUACCACAACAUCCGGGUUGGCAGAGAGGCUGAAGCUCUGUACCGUUCUUCAAAGACCUGAACUCUUCUUCACCAUUCUUUUAGAUAUUAGAAGCGCUUUGAAACUAAGAGAUUAGAGACCUUGAAGACUUAACAUGAACGAAAAAAAUUCAACAUUAUGUGUGCAUGCAUGAAGCAAGGUGGUUAGCAUUUGUUGUAAAGAAGAAGAAUAAACUUAACCACAUCAUAGCAUGCAUAACGCUUUAGAUAUAAAAGAUUGUAAAUUUAAGCUUUCUUCAUACCCAAUUCAUCGAUCGAACGAGAUAAAAUCUGAGUAUAUUAUCUAUGUACUGGUAAAACAAUACUUCUUUUAUGAUUCCAAAUAUUCCACCAGCCGGACAACAACAUUAAAACCUAAUGUCGAACUCGGUAAUCAAUACUUGAAUUAAUUCCUUGUCCUUGGUGAGGAUUGACUGGAGUCUGUGUGCAAAUUGAACUUUUUAAUUGAUUAUCUGCAUGGAACUUCUUCUCCGAGGAUCAACAAAAUCAGACAAUUGAUAAGCUUACUCAUGUAUAUGUCAAGAAGAAACAGAGUGGCGGAAAGAAGUUGCAAGAUAAUUGAAGAAGAGAAGAUUUGAAAAUAACAGACUCUAGUUCAUUGAGAAGGUUUUACUUUCUGUAUGUGAGUAUAGAUAAUGUGGCCGUUGAGUUGGAUAGAUUUUGGAUUUAGUUGAGUCUGUUGACUUGAGGAGCUACGUCUGGGUUUAGGCCAGCGUUGUUCAAUAGCGUUUCCAUAAUCAAAUACAUUGGAUUGAGUUGAUUUGUAUGCGGAGGAGAAAUACAAAAGUAACUCUAAUGUUAAUUGGAGAUGUUGAAACAGCUUUCUCAAUUGGUUUGGUUUGGUUUGAUUUGGAUCGGUUAAUAACAUUAAUUCCGGUUGAGAACUAGACCCGGAAAAUACUAAAAUUUUUAUCGGGUCGGGUUGUAAUCCUUUAUAAAUAAACGCCUCAUACGAUCUAUCGAGCCCGCUAAUUUGAUCCCCCUUGCGAUUGGGUUUUCCUCCGAUUCGAGCAUUGCUGCCUCGGAGCUCCUCUUCGCCACCGUGCGCCGUCUCUUCCAAUCUCUCAAUCGGCUUGAUUCUCCGUCUCCGGUUUAAAGGGCGCUUUACUGGAUUCGAGAUGGCUGAACGCAACGAGGGUUCUUCAGAGGACGAUGAAGAGUAUGCGGACAGAAGCAGGGGACUGGAGUUUAUCUUUGGAAACGUUGAUAACUCUGGUGAUUUGGAUGCUGAUUACCUUAAUGAGGACGCCAAGGAACAUCUUUCUGCAUUGGCUUCGUCUCUUCCAGACAUAAUGCUGAUGGCAAGUUCAGGAUGUACAACAAGUGAUCCAGCUGAACAAGAUUACAACGAAAAAGCUGCGGAUGCUGUUGAUUAUGGGGAUAUUGAUGAAGAGUAUGACGGGCCUGAGGUUCAAGUAGUUACUGAGGAAGAUCAUCUACUGCCAGAAAGAGAGUAUUUUUCGUCUGCAGCUGCCUCGGGUAGUUUAUAUUCCAAAGCUUCUGUAUUUGAUGAUGACGAUUAUGAUGAGGAAGAAGAACAAGAGGUGGAGCACAUGCCAUUUGAAGAAACUUUUGAUUCUGAAGAUAGUGAAUCAGUUGUCUUAAAGGAAGACAACGCGUUGGAGUAUGAAGAGGAGGCUUCCAUCUUGGGAAAUGAGGAACGAUUGGACACAAAUGAGAAAAAUGCAACGUCACUGCCUACCCUGUAUGUUGAAGAUGGUAUGGUCGUCUUACAAUUCUCUGAGAUAUUUGCUAUUCAUAAGCCACCACAGAAACGAGCAAAAAGAGAAAAUAGAUAUAUCACUUACAGAGAUAGAUACAAAUCUAUGGAGCUUGUUGAAGAUGAUGAGGGGUUACUUCUUAAGAGCCAUGGUAGGGUCGACACUCAUGUGAAACAAGCUGAUCUGAUUCAGCUGGAUGUUCCGUUACCAAUAAGAGGGGAUUUACAGCUGGUAAAAGCUGGCACAUUCGGAAGCAUCAUACCAGAAUCGAGAGAAUUUACCAAGCCAGGACGGGAUUCAUGCACCAUGGGUGAACUGUUGAAGCAGGACUUACAAGACGAUAAAUCAUCUCUGUGCCAGUCACAAUCAUCAAUGGAAGUUUUUCCUCUUGACCAGCAAGAAUGGGAAAAUCGAAUUAUUUGGGAAAAUUCUCCUGGAGUUAGUGGUAAUUCUUGUGAAAGCUUCGAAUCUGGAAUUGAGUCAGAAAGCCUGCUUAUUCAAGGAACAAACUCAGAGACUGAACAAGAAAGCUUAAACGUGGUGAAUUCUGGAGAGCAAGCUCAAGCUGAAAAUAAUAAGCAUGUAUCUUUUUUUGUCAGUGGCUUGGAGUCUCUUGGUUCACACACUACUAGUGAGUCCACUAACAAAAGUAGACGUCAUCCGCAACUCCUUAGGUUAGAAUCUCAGUGGGAUGAGGAUCAUCCUAGUGAAAAUGACAAUACUGGAGGGAAGAAUUUAAAGCAGCUUAAAAGGGACACUGUUGGACGCUUUAGCAGACUUGGAUUGCAAGAGAGGGAUAUGGGGGAUGACCCAUGGUUAGAUAGCAUAAUUUGGGAGUCAGAUAAAGAGUUGACCAGGUCUAAACUAAUAUUUGACCUUCAAGAUGAGCAAAUGGUCUUUGAAAUCCCGGAUAACGGGGAAAGCAAAGAUCUUCAACUUCAUGCUGGAUCUAUGAUUCUAUCCCGGUCUUCAAAGCCCAAGGAUAAAAGAUUUCAGGAAGGCUGUGGCUCAAAUUAUGGGUUCCAGUUCAAUAUUUCUAAUGACAAGUUCUAUAUGAAUGGGAAAAGCUGUCAGCAACUGCAAGCAAAUGCUAAUCAAUUCGGCAUACACAGUUUGAGAGUUCUUCAUUCAGCGUCAGCGAUUAAAUUACAGACAAUGAAGAACAAAUUGAGCAAUAAAGACAUAGCAAAUUUUCACCGGCCCAAAGCUUUAUGGUAUCCACAUGACAAUGAGCUAGCGAUCAAGCAGCAAGGAAAGUUACCAACCCAAGGAUCCAUGCAAAUUGUAGUAAAGAGUCUGGGGGGUAAAGGAAGCAGGAUACACGUUGGCAUAGAGGAAUCUGUCUCUUCUUUAAAAGCCAAGGCUUCUAGGAAGCUAGAUUUUAAGGAAACUGAAGCAGUGAAGAUUUUUUAUAUGGGAAAGGAGCUUGAGGAUGAAAAGUCUCUUGCUGAACAAAAUGUUCAUCCAAAUUCUUUGGUCCAUAUUUUACGCACCAAGGUACAUCUGUUGCCAUGGGCACAAAAGCUUCCUGGCGAACAUAAAUCUUUGAGACCUCCUGGGGCAUUCAAGAAGAAGUCAGACCUAUCUACUAAAGAUGGCCAUGUUUUCUUAAUGGAGUAUUGUGAAGAGAGGCCCUUGAUGCUCAGCAAUGCAGGAAUGGGUGCAAAUUUGUGCAUGUAUUAUCAGAAGUUAUCCCCAGCGGAUCAGCAUGGAAACCUGCUGCGCGAUAAAAAUGACACUUCAGGGAAUGUGAUGAUUCUAGAACCUGGGGAGAAAUCUCCUUUCCUUGGGGAAAUACAGGGUGGCUGCAGUCAGUCAUCUAUUGAAACAAACAUGUACAAAGCACCUGUUUUUCCUCAUAAGUUGCAAUCAACGGAUUAUCUGUUGGUCCGGUCUUCUAAAGGAAAGCUCUCUCUAAGGCGUAUUGACAAGACAUUUGCUGUUGGACAACAGGAACCUCGAAUGGAAGUAAUGUCUCCUGCAUCAAAGAAUCUGCAGACUUAUUUGGUGAACAGGAUGUUGGUCUAUGUGGACCGAGAAUUUAAGCAUCGCCGCCGUAUUCCUGCAGAUGAGCUGUCUUUCUUAUUUUCUAGCUUAUCCGAUGCAGUAGUCAAGAAGACCAUGAGAAUUCAUGGUAUUUUUCUUGAGAGGGAUAAAAAUGGCCAUAUUUUCUGGUACAAGAAACAUAGGUUUGACAAGAUUCCACAUGAGAUUGAGUUGAAAAAUCUUGUGGCACCAGAGGAUGUGUGUUCCUAUGAGAGUAUGCUAGCUGGGCUGUACCGGCUCAAACAUUUAGGGAUCACCCAGUUUACAUUGCCUGCCAGCAUAUCAACUGCAUUGGCUCAGCUCCCAGAUGAAGCCAUUGCUCUUGCCGCUGCUUCACAUAUUGAGAGGGAGCUGCAGAUUACUCCGUGGAAUUUGAGUAGUAACUAUGUUGCUUGUACAACUCAGGACAGAGCAAAUAUAGAGCGUUUGGAAAUUACUGGAGUUGGCGAUCCCUCUGGACGAGGUCUAGGAUUCAGCUACGUCCGAGCUGCGCCAAAAGUGCCAGCUGCAGCUGGUCGUAUGAAGAAAAAGGAAGCAGCGUGUUGCGGAGCCCCAACUGUAACUGGUACAGAUGCUGAUCUUCGCAGAUUAAGCAGGGAAGCAGCUCGAGAGGUUCUUCGCAAGUUCAAUGUUCCUGAUGAGAAAAUGGCCAAGCAAAAUCGAUGGCACCUGAUAGCUAUGAUACGCAAGCUAUCGAGUGAGCAGGCUGCAUCUGGUGUACUUAAGGUUGAUCCUACGACAAUAGGUAAGUAUGCCCGUGGCCAGAGAAUGUCUUUCCUACAGUUACAACAGCAGGCCCGGGAAAAGUGUCAGGAGAUUUGGGAUAGGCAACUUCUGUCCCUUUCAGCUUGUGAUGACGAUGAGUCUGAGAGUGAAAAUGACAUGGACUCCUUUGUCGGAGAUCUGGAAAAUCUACUCGAUGCUGAGGAGUGGGAAGAAUCUAAUACGUCUAAAAAUGACAAGUUUGAUGGAGUCAACGGAUUCAAAAUGAGACGGCGGCCAUAUCAAGUUGUGACAGACGAAGAUGUUGAAGAUGAAGCUGCUGAAUAUGCCGAGUUACGCCGAUUGCUGAUGAAAGAUGACGAAAAAAGGAAUAUGAAUGCUGAAUUUGUCAGAAAGGACAGUGUCAGUGCCAAGAAACAUAUUGCCUCCCGUCCUGAUGCAUCUUUCUUAGUUACUAAGAGCAGCUUUUCCAAAAACACAACAAACGUCAGUGUAUUCAAAGAAAGAAAACCAGUGAGAGAUAACUUCUUCUGUGGAGCCUGUGGUCAGCCUGGACACAUGAAAACCAAUAAGCACUGCCCAAAAUACAGAUCAACUACAGAACCACAGCCCGAAGGUAUAUAUGUGAAGAAGUCUUCUGGGACACCGAGUUCUUCGGAUCUAUCAGGCCAGGUCAAGCUGGAACCUAUCAAAAGCAAAAAGACCGCGCCAAAAAGUCCAACAAAAGUUUCUGUAGAUGAAGCUCCGAAGGGAGAUAAUCCAACUUCCAAAACCGGAGGUCUUACCCUGAGGUUUAAAUGUGCUAUACCCGCUGGAGGGAUGUUAGAUAAACCCGGUUCUGAAACUCCAAGACGCUCUAUGGAAGAACCUGAUAGACCUUUACCUUCAUUGAUGCCUGCAUUUAUCAGAGAGAGAGGGGAGAGCGAGUCUCACAGGCCUUCUGUUUCUGGACAAUCAUUUUCUAAUACAGAGAGAAAUCAGGCUGCAUCAAGCAGGCUUACUAUGUCAACCACGCAGCCAUCAUUACGCAUGGAUAAAGAACUUGUGAUACAGCGGCCGAAUGAAAGGGAACAGCCCCAGAAGAAACUUGUUAUAAAACGUUCGAAAGUGAUAACUGAUAGCCUUACACUGAGUUCACAGUUUGAGUCCAGGAAGACAAUGAGAAUGGCAGAACCAGAAGGUUUUCAGAGUCAGCAGAGAUUCAGAUUGUCAGAGAACUCACUACACCGGGGACAAAAAGAGGGUAGAGUAUGGCAAGAAGAACGGGAGAUAAGUACGGAAAGGAACAGGGAAGCAAGGGUGAGAAGGGAUUAUGCUGAUAUGACUAAAUUUGAAAAAGCCAGUGAGAUAGGGAGUGAAAGGGAGGAAAAGGAACGGCAAAAGAAGCUGCAGCCGGAAGUAAUAGAGAGAUAUCUAGAAGGUUAUCCUCGUCGAAGAAACGAUAGAAAAUUGUUAGAAAGAGUUCAGAAAGUCAGAAGCCAGUAUGUCUCUGACUUUGAAAGGAACGUGGCACAGUACGCACCUCAACCAAAACGACGCAAAAAGGGAGAGGUUGGCCUAGCAAACAUCUUGGAAGUCAUAGUGGACACACUAAGAGCCAAAGAAGUAAACGUGUCGUACCUCUUCUUGAAACCUGUUUCGAAGAAGGAGGCUCCGGACUAUCAUGACGUUGUGCAACGCCCCAUGGAUCUCUCGACAAUCAGGGAUAAGGUACGGAGGGUAGAGUACAGAGACAGAGAGCAGUUUAGAAAUGAUGUCUGGCAGAUCAAGUACAAUGCUCAUCUUUACAACGAUGGGCGUAACCCGAUGAUACCGCCCUUGGCAGAUGAGCUGCUGGUGAAAUGUGAUGGCUUGUUGGAGAGAUAUAGAGAUGAGUUAACAGAAGCAGAGAAAGGUAUAGUAAAUCUCAUUGACUGAUUGAGAAGGGAAGCUGUAUCCUAUUUUAGAUGGGAUGGUAUCAAGUUUCCAGGUUUCAAAUAAAUUUCGACACUUCCUAAUAUGAGUAGUGAAGGGUAUAUGGAAGUAAUUACAAAAGUAGUGCAGUGUAAAUGAGAAUAGCAACAACAAGAAUUCUGUUUAUAUAAAUUGAAAGGGAAAUUAACAAAUGUUUUUGUCGCCAAUU